AUGGCGCAAAUAGCCCCGUCACCACUUAUCCAGGUGCACCACCCAACAAUACCCGCACCAGCAUCUAGCCCAAGCCCGACACUGAAGACUCCUACAAAGAUUCAAUAUCCACUAUGGUUCGGGGGCUCAGCGUCUUGUAUGGCUGUUGUGGUUUCGCACCCUCUUGAUCUGCUCAAGGUACGAAUGCAGAUGAAACCUGGGGAAGCCAAGGGAGCAGCAGUAGAGACAAAUACGGGAACUUUUGGAACCGCAAUGCGCAUUCUUCGGAGCGAGGGCGUUCGCGGGCUUUAUGCUGGGUUCUCGGCUGGGUUCACACGACAAUUAACAUACGGCACAAUCCGCAUAGCAACCUACGAAACCCUAAAACACCGCUUCACCCCCACUGCCUCCCACUCGCAGAUCCCCUCUACCCCAUCUCCUCUGACGCUAACCCUCCUCGCCUCCCUCUCCGGCUUCCUCGGUGCCCUCCCCGGAAACGCCAGCGACAUUGCCAACAUCCGCAUGCAAAACGACGCAUCCCUCCCACCCACAAGACGCUACGGCUACCGACACGUCCUCCACGCAUGGAGCAGCAUGUACCGCGCCGAGGGCACCUUUUUCUGGACGAAAGGUAUAAUGCCGAAUGCAUUUCGGUGUGCGAUGAUGACGGGAUGCCAGCUUGGGAGCUAUGAUAUCUUCAAGGGGCUGAUUGCGCGGUGGGUGGUUGGGCCAGAGCAGAGGGAAGGGGCUGUUGUGCAUACGGGGGCAAGUCUGGGCGCUGCGUUCGUGGCUACGACUGUGUGUAGUCCGGUUGAUGUGGUCAAGACGCAGCUUAUGGGGGGUGGUGGUGGGAAGAGGAGGUCGGUGUGGAGGGUUGUGGCGGAAUUGACGAGGAGUGAUGGUGUUUUUUGGGUGUUUAGAGGGUGGUUGCCGAGUUUUGUGAGGUUGGGACCGCAGACUGUUGCGACAUUAAUCCUACUGGAGCAGCAUAAGAAGGUGUAUCGGGAGUUGAUGGGAGAGGCUGAUUAUUAG